UCACUUUUUUGGAAAGAGACCAUGACUUUCUUCAUUAAAAGCAUGGUAAGUAACCAAGUCAAGAAUUUAGGCCUUGGUGGUGGUACGGAAGAAAAAAAAGAAGAAGGAGGCACUUCUGAUCCCGCUGCUGCACAAGGAAUGACUAGAGAGGAAUAUGAGGAAUAUCAAAAGCAGAUGAUUGAGGAGAAAAUGGAAAGGGAUGCUGCAUUUACACAGAAAAAGGCAGAGAGGGCAUGCCUCAGAGUUCAUCUCAGAGAAAAGUACCGGCUCCCAAAGAGUGAAAUGGAUGAGAAUCAAAUACAGAUGGCUGGAGAUGAUGUGGAUUUGCCUGAAGAUCUUCAGAAAAUGGUGAAUGAAGAUCAAGAAGAAGAAGAAGAAAAGGAUUCCAUCCUUGGACAUCUGCAGAGUCUCCAGAACAUGGACUUAGAUACAAUCAAAGAAAAGGCCCAAACCACCUUCACUGAAAUUAAACAAACAGCAGAACAAAAAUGUUCUGUGAUGUAAAAAAAUUAGGAACUGGCAUAGUCUGAUGACAAACAGAAUCAAGAUCCAGCUGUGAGGGUAGGAUUAUUAUGUGGCAUUUUAAAAAGCAACAUGUACCUAAAAUAGUGACUAGAGUGAGAGAGACCAAGGAGCUGAAGCAUCAGACAAAUUCAUAGUCCUGUAGAUCAUAUAGCACAUUGUUAAUGCCAGAGGAUAUAUUUCAAAAACAUAAAUUUAGAAAUUUGUAAGGUGCAGAAACUACCCUAUUUAAUGAAGCAAUCCUUAGAAUGAUUAGUUAAUCAUAGGGAAAUUCAGACUAAAUUCUCUCUCAAGUUUUCUCCUACUCAGUGACUUGUAUCAUUUUGUGUCUCAAUGUCUGGCAUCCCUUACCGUAAACCAAAUAUGGACAGCUGAAAAGACCUGGGGGAAAAAUGCAAAAAAUAGGAAGCAGAAAAGCUUACUACAGGCUUGCUCCCUUUGUUGUUACAAAGGCAUACAGGCUUUGUCCCUUAUGCCAACCUAAAAAGAAGACAGAAUGUCAAGCAGACACAGAGUAAGAAAAAGAUUGACUAUAAUUUCUCAGUCUCAUGCUGCAAAUGACAACUCACUGAAGGCCUGUGUCAUCUCCUAUUCCCAUCUCAGCAGGGCUGGUUUUUGUCAUCAUAUUAGCUUUAAAACUGGAUGGGAAGUGUCCUCUUUCUCCCACUAGACAUAAUCCUGCUGUCUUAGUCUCCUAUAGCAUGGAGUGAAAUGGAAAAUUGUUUGUGAUUUUGUGGAUUUGAGGUAUAAUUCACACUAUCACCAUCCAAGAAAGAGGAAGGAAGGAAGGAGCAGCUGCUCUUGAUCAAGAAGAAUCCCCCCCAGACCAUGUGAAUCCAGGAUGCUCCAAGACCCUGGGGAGAACAGAUCUCAUGCUCAGAGACGAUUAUUAAAGAUGUUAUUUCUUGAAACGACAUCCCUUCUCUCACACCCGUCCCCUUUUUCAUUACUUUGAUAAGCUUCUUUGUCCUCCUGUCCCUGUCACCCCAACCACAAAAAAGGCCCCUUGAAUGGAAAAAGGAGACAUUGUGUGUCUCUCAAAGUUUAUGUUUUUCUGUUAAAUUAU